CUUAGAGUAUUUCUCUACUUGCUGUCAUUUUACUUCUCGCUGCCGUUUUUUUGUAACGGUUGCCAGAACUUUGUUGGAAAAUUUCUCUUCCACUUCUGUGUCGUUUAACUUGGAUACACUUUACCUCAAUUGGAAUACGUCGUUUCCGGCUAUAACAGUGUGUGAACUCUACAACUCCGAGAAGAUAUGGGAUAUAAGCGAUGAUCAUUUUGGUUCAGAGCAUGAAUUGUACAUUGAUGACUUUAUUAGCGAGAUUGCCUUCUUUCGUGGUAUCUGCAUCAGCUGCGAGAACUGUGACAAACUCAAAUGUCCUGACAAUUUCACAAUGCUGUUGGAUGUGUUUCGCAGCAAAUGCAGUGAACUCAUUAUGGAGUGCAGCUACCUCAACAUGUUCUUCGACUGCUGCGAACAGUUCUUGCCCAUUCCUACAGAGUACGGACUUUGUUUCUCCUUCAACUCGCAUCAGGCACGCAAGGAAUCGCAAGUGUACUACAAGAAUAAUCGCAUAACUGGAGCCGGUCACCUAACUUUCCAUGCGGCUGCCGAUGUGCAAGUUCAUGUGCAUCCUCCCAUCGAUGUGCCAUUUCAUUUUGCCGAGGGCAUGAUCAGGGAAACAGUUUUAGUUGGCAGCUACAAGGAAUUAAUACUGAAUGUCAUCGAGGUUUUUAAUCACGAAUCGGUCGACGAGCUCAACUAUGAGGAGCGACGUUGUCGCUACGGUCACGAACAUGUCGAUCAGCGCCUGGGCAUCUAUGAGUUCUAUAGCUACUCCGGUUGCAUUGUCGAGUGUACGGUGGCAUUGCAUCUGCUCUAUUGCAAUUGCACCAGCCAUUUUAUGGCUAUGCCUAGUAAGAAUUCGCUGCCUGUCUGUGACUAUCGUGGUCUCAUCUGCUUGACAAACAUUAACGAGAAGAUCUUGACUGAGCGCAAAUCCUGUGAUUGCAUGAGCUCCUGUGAGGAGCCAGAGUAUAACAUUAUCUUCAAUACAGCAGAUGAUAAACAGGAGGCUGAAAGAGAUGUUUCCGAUAUUCAUGUGGCGCUCGUCGAGUUGCCCACGCAACGUUAUGUGCGUCGCGUGGCCAAAACCCACUUGGAUCUUUUAAUUUCUGUUGGUGGUUUAGUUGGACUAUUCUUCAACACAUCGGCGUUGCGCCUUGUGGAAACCGUAUUUCUUAUUUUGGAGUAUAGACGACCGAUAUACAAUUGGGCAAAACGAAUCUACCUUGGCACAUUAAAGUAUUUACAGUUGUUAAUAGGUUUAAAGUAA